GUAGGCUCUUCUCCUCUCAUUCAGAGUUCUAAGCGUUCCACAGGCAUUUAGCUUUCCUUCAGUUCUCUCUCGUUUGAUUCGGAGAGCAUAAUGUCUUCUUGCGGUGCUUGUUCUACCGGCUGCAAGUGCAGCAGCGGAUGCGGCUGCAAUGGCUGUGGAUGCUGCAGGAAUCCAGCUUUUGCUGAAGGGAUGGUUGCCACUACUCAGACUGUGAUACUUGGUGUCGCACCUCAGAAGGGGUUUGAAGGGUUUGAGGGUGCUGAGGGUGAGAAUGGAGGAUGCAAGUGUGGAUCCAACUGCACUUGUGAUCCCUGCAGCUGCAAAUGAGACCCCUUUUCUUUCUCAGAGAAAAACAUGAAGCCUUCGUGUUUGUUAUCUUCCAAGUUACUUAUUAUAUAAUAAUGAUGAAGCCAAUAGGCCUCGUCGCUGAGUCCUGAAUGUUGUAUUUGUCAUCUCCUAUGAAAAAAGAAUGGUUUCCUAUAAUAAUCACAGCUGCUCGUGAUAUGAUCUCCGAUACACUUUGUAUUCCAAUUUCGCUUUAAUAAAUAUUUUCCUGGUUCGUU